UAACAUCCCUUGAUUAGCUUUUAUUUUCUUGAGGUUGCCGAUUAGGUUUUCGUUCUCUCUCCACGUUCAAAUCCGACCGAGGCCGUGGUGGAGGCCGGAGAAGCGCACGGCCGAGACGAGUCCCUCUGGCGUCUGAAGGAACCUCCGGCGUUCCCCGGAGACCCCGAGCCCUAGCUCUUCAGAGAAAUCCCCAUUUCCUCCCGUACUUCGUCGAGAAGCUGCCGGAUCGCCGCGAUAUUUCUGCAGGCGGGGAAGGGAACGGAAUUCGCUGCCUUUUGCCUCCAAUCUGAUGUAUUUCAGCCAUUUCUCGAAUUCGCGUGGAAACCUGAGAAAGAUUGAAUCUUGGUUGGUAAUUUGUCGUUGGAGAGGUCCAGUUCAUCGAGGAACUAAUUUAGUGCGGAAGUAUUGAUAAAAGUUGUGAACUUUUUGAUGAUAAGCAAGGUGGUGAUGGACACGGACAUGGUAGAUCUCAAUGAGAGAUCAGGCAAUGGAAUUUUUUUGACGUUCACAAUUAAACUUUCAUAGCAUAAUCUUUCCGUGAAGUUGGAAGGUUGGGGCACGACUCGGUUGUAUAUAUCAAAAAUUCAAAUUUGUAGGUUGUCUUACUAAUUGUGUUGUUUGAGCGCCUAUGUUGAUUAAGUUGCCACUAAAUCGGUAUCAUUUAACAAAGAAGAAGGCUCAUUUGCCAGAGAUUUGGGUGGCUGUUGAGGUCUUAUAAUCCUAUUUAUCUCUCAUCGCAUCAUUUUCCACACGUUCUCGUGACCUCGUCCUUAAGUUUGCAAGAGAACAGCUUAUUAAAAGAAUGAAAUGUCUCAACCCUGGGUAGAUGAUGCAAAGUUCUCAGCAUUCACUUCAUCAUCUAGUUCACAUCCUGCGUUUUCUCAAUCUUCACUAUAUUCCAGCUUAAGUUGCAGUCAUAGAAACGUUUAUCGGUUGUUAGCAUUGAGGGAGAUCUCUCCUCGAGCAAAAUGCUACUCGAAAAGGCUGUGGGGUGAAGCUACAAAGGGGAGAGCCGAUUGCCUUGAGCUAAGAUGUGAAACCAUCGAUGCACGACGUGCUCUUAUUUCUUGGGUUGAAGCAGAGUCGUUGCGUCACCUGUCAGCCAAGUAUUGUCCUCUUUUGCCACCGCCGAGGUCCACAAUUGCAGCAGCAUUUAGUUCUGAUGGAAAAACUCUUGCUUCCACACAUGGUGACCACACUGUUAAGAUAAUUGACUGCCACACUGGAAACUGUUUGAAGGUGUUGACUGGUCAUCGACGAACACCUUGGGUGGUAUGUUUAGUCUUUGUUCUUCUCCCUUGGUUUAUUUGCUGUAAUAUAUUGACAAAUUAAAUUGUUCUACGAAGG